UUUUCCAUCUGAAUUGUCAGAUUCAGACAUUGAAAUUCCAAAGAAAAAAGUUCAGAGAGCAAAAGAAGUCCAAAAGAAAGGAGCUCAAAUACUAAAAAAUGUUCUAAGAAAGGAAGUUGAGAGAACAAAAGAGAAAAUAUUGAAAGCUGUCAUCAAGGGGAAGAUGCAUAGAAUGGAUCUGAAAGAUAUAAUAUUAAUUGAUCUGAAAGAUAUAACAUUAGAUAAGGAGAAUGAUAUUAUUACCAUAAAAGUUCAGCUAGGUUAUAAAAAUCAUUCUGAAAGCUAUGGAGUGGCCAGUCUAUCCAAUCCAUUUAGAAUUAAAUCAUCUAAUGUUUAUUUACGUUCUACCAGUGAUAGCUCUGAUGAGAUGAUUAUUCUUAGCUCAGCUCGUAAAUUCUUACGAGAUUAUGUUGAUAGGACAUUUGAAGAAAUGUCUAAGUCUACCCAGUUACAAAAACGAAUUCAUAAUAAUACACCUAAUACAACUAAAGAAAUUUCAUUCAGGGUUUCUGUAUAG